AUGCGUAGGCGCUACGAACGUCGGCGCGCCGCCAAGGCCAAGGCGACCGCCGCCACUGCGGCCGCAGAGAAGGCAAAUACGUCCACUAGAUCUCCAGGUCCCGUAGAAGCCACCGCAGCGUCCACCACCGCACCCAAAAAGCGACAGGCGACGGUGCACGCGGCGGCUCAGAUCAAACUUCACGUCCAUGGCCACGAGUUCCAGAACGGUGAGGAAAUCGUGCUCAACCCGGAGAGUUUCCCCCAGCUCAAGGAGCUUAUAUGGAAGGAUUAUGUAGUAGAACUUUUCCACCCUGAGCACAUUGGCGACGGAUCCCCACAGAACCAUCUACUGCUUGAGAUCCCGGAGAGCAGUGCCGCCCCAUUCAAGGGCAAGAUGCAAGUGAGCGUACUGAAGGACACGGCUGCCAUCUUUCAGCUGGCGCCUUUUAAGGACGUGACCGUACGCUUUCUGCCCAAGACACAGGUCGAGGCGGACUUCGUGGAGGUCUCACUUAAGGAUCAAUUCAUGUCCAGACGAGACCUCAUGUACCUCAAGCAGUCCAUGGUGGGCACGGCGCUAUACGUGGGAAAGACAAUCAGAGUACAGGGGACGAGAUGGCAGGUGCUGGACGUGCGUUCAGGCGGCGAAAAGGUGCGCAGUGGAGUCAUCUCGGAGAAUACAAAGUUCACAUUCCGCUCGCGCACGUCGCGCAUCAUGUGGCUGGUGCAAAUUAGUCCAGAGAUGUGGGACAUGGCUAACUCUGGUAUGCUCUACUUGGAAAUCUUCCUCACGGUGGUGCGAAAUGUGCUGAAGAAGUGGAUGAAGCACAAAGUCUCGCACAGUCUUACAAUUCUCUUUUACUCCCGCUGUUUUUACCCCGAAAUGGAUCAGAAUAAAGACUGCUCAACGUAUUCGAACCAAAGAUUUAUGCCCAAAAGAAAACAAUCGCGUACAGCGGACGAUGAGAGAGAAUCGUCCUUCCCGUAUGAACGGAGUGAUUGCUUCUCGGUUGGAGUCGACGAAGACGGCAGACACUAUCAGGAUUUUUACAAAUUGGUCGCAUUUGACAGUAUCAUUACAGACGUUCAGCCGUUGCUUGUGAAGCUCAAAGAGGAGAUGAACGCGUUCCCGAGGAAAUGUGGUUGGCGAUCACCAGCAGAUUUCUACGUUUCGUCCUUCUCCCCUGCGGAAUUAAUUCAGGACGAGUCUGGCCCACGUCCAGGUGUCCCCUCUAAUGCUCGUGAUGGAAAUCUGCUAGAAGCUGUGAAUCUUGUGCUCAACAUUUUCGAAAAACAUCACAUCGACCGCGAUUUAUCACGUAGCGGGCAAAGCGUUGUGCUUAUCACCCCAGGUAACGGCAUUUUCUCGGUAAACAAGCGUCUUUCCGAGAUCACAGAGCAGCGCAUGAUGGAUCAUGGUAUUGGCAUUGACUUGAUUUCGUUGGCGUCUCGCCCUCUGCACAAGUGCCCGCUAUUUCUCUUCAAGCAGUCCGAUUUGUCAGAAAUGAAGCUGCCUGGCAAGAAAGAAGGCAACCCUGCGACUGAGCUGUGUCUGUGUAACAACAAUUUGCACGGUUCAAAGAAUGGAUAUCAACGACGCUCACGAACAGGCUCAAGCGACGUGGUUUCCGACUCGCAGUCAGCAGCAGCAGACACUGGCGUAUCGUCAAUGCGAACUGGCCAGCUGUGCAAGUAUUGCUUGCAGAGGAUGGAAAACCGGAAAAACUAUAUUGUUCCGCUGUGGAUUCCGCUAUGGUUUGUGCAAGAAAACAUGCUCAUCCCGCAUGAGUGUCCGCUAGAUGAAGACAUCACCCAGUUUUGUGACGUCUGCGCGCCAAAGAACUCGAAGAACAAAAUGUUUGAGCCACUCCCGAUGUGUCGGAUGUUUAAGGACAACGAUUUUACACAUUUCGGCUUCCUGUCGCUUCCGAAGCCACUGGAAUGCUUGCUACAUUCCUUUAAACAAGCUGAAUCAUCCCUCAGCGACGAUGAUCGCGACAACAUGGGUUCUCGUAUAGCUCCUUCCGUUAGCUGCUCUACAUACGACAACGUCAUUCUUGCGGGUCUGAAUAGCGACCUUGUCCGCGCUCGAGCGUCUUCCAUGGCGUGCUCAGAGGACUCUCUAUUGUAUGACGGAGAAGUCGUGACCAAAAUCCGAUCAUUCUCCUAUACCGAACAGAAUAAGCUACUGCAGGAGUACGAAAGAUACGACGACGGAGUGUUUGGCUUUGCUCCAGCGCCGAGACUGGCGCAGAAAUCAUCCGACAGCGACAUGAGUGUCCGCUUAGCGUCAACGCCGCCAUUCCGACCUGGAAUGUCGUAUCUGCUGAAAAAACGAACAGGAACUAUUGGAUUUCACUCCAGUUCAGCGGGCAAUGCAAACGACAACGGGAGUAGCAACAGUGCCGAAACUCGCUGGCGUCAUUUCGAGCAGCGAGAACCAUCUCCACUGAAUGUUGACAUGGCUGAAUACCGAGGAAGUUUAGAGGCUAAAGUGGGCUCGCUGGAUGACAAACCGAGGAUUACUUCAAGCUCGUUCCCGAACACGUUUCAGCUGGGUGACGGCAGUGCACCAAACCAUACGUCGUUCACAACCAGUCCGGUGUUGCGUCCUGCUGAGGGUGCAGUAAAAGAAGACAUAUUUCACUCCCAAGCAUUCAUGUUAAAGCAACUCACCAGCAAUCAGCGUCGAUGGAGUCAAGUGCGACCAUAUGAAGACCGCCAGUAUAAGCUUGCUCAGAACGUGUUGAAGUGGAGGAGUCUGUGUUUUCCUGCUCUUUUGCCUUUAGCGAGUGAUUUCAUGCCAGCUCCGAAAGAGUUGCAAGCACACUACACCGAGUCUUUCUACAGCGUCAUGCUGCCUGAGCGCGACGAGCGAAACGGAGUGACGUUCCGCGAUUAUCGUGAGUUGGUUCUGGAGAUGGUAGCACAGAGAUUAUCACAAGAUUUCCAGCUCGUCUCGGCGGAAGACUCGAGUGAAGUCGGCGAAAAAGAUGGCACAGUCUAUCGCCUUAGCAUGGGCCAUCGAAUCCAUGAAAUCGUACACAACGAAGAAACCCAGACGAUCGAUGUCAAGCGCUAUCUCCAAAAGGUGACGACACGGUCGGAUGUGGACAUUAUGGAAUAUCGAUACUCGCUUUGGUCGCCUAUCGUCGAUCGGUUCGUUACUGUCGCCCAGGAGUUCCGCAAGUAUCCGCAGAUCGAAUACCAGUGGAACCAUCUUGACCAGCUCAUCUGCGGAUACAUUGAUGAUAUGAGUGAAGGAAUCCGCUACAAACGCAGCCUGUUUUGUCUUCUCCCGCCGCGACUAGGUGGCUCUGAUGUCAGCGAUCAAGACAAUCUGCGAGAUUAUACGGAAGGCUGUCGGAAGUUCCUGGACUUUUUGCGAGCCAAGGCAGAUGCAAGCACGAGGUUCCCUAAUGUGAAGCUCUCGACAGACUGGAGAGAAAACAUGUCGACGAGCGGUGCUGAUGCCCUUAAGCGAGUGGGUCAGCGGAGUGUUAAGAUGUUGCUGCAUACAAAUGAUGCCGUCACGAGUCAGAAUUGGGUGAUAGCGAAAGUGGACACGGAAGUUUUGCCAACGCAAUGCUAUCACGUGGAGAUUCAGUGGCUUGUUUGCCGCAGUUCCCUCGUCGAUGAUCUCAUCACAGCAAUCAGCCGUCGCGCCAAGCAACUCGGUCUGGAGUUACAGAGAGUGACUGAGAAUGGUAUUUCGAGCAACCUGGACCUUCAUCCGCUGAACUGUCCCAUUUUCCUCAAGAUUGACGACCCAUCUGAGCGUCGAAUGGUAGAGAAGGCGCUGGUUGAGCGCUUUGACUUCUGCUGCGAGGCGCUGCACCCGAUCCCGUUCACUCACCUGAACCAUAACGCUGAGUAUGCGAUCGUCAUGCAGGAGCCCCGACAGCCACGCGCGCGACGUAUGAUCUCAUACUACCGACAAUAUGUGCACCGAUCGUUGUCGUGCUUUGCUCGCAUGACUCAGACUGGGUUGGUGAGUUGCGACAGUACAUUGAGUCACUUCAGAUAG